AUGGCAUCCAAGUUCCUGAGAGAAUACAAGCUGGUCGUGGUCGGCGGUGGUGGUGUAGGCAAGUCUUGCCUCACCAUCCAGCUGAUUCAGAGCCACUUCGUAGACGAGUACGAUCCGACGAUUGAGGACUCGUACCGGAAGCAGUGCGUCAUCGACGAAGAGGUUGCCCUGUUGGACGUUCUCGAUACCGCCGGCCAAGAAGAAUACUCAGCGAUGCGGGAGCAGUACAUGCGGACUGGUGAAGGCUUCCUACUGGUGUACUCGAUCACUUCACGGCAGAGCUUUGAAGAAAUCACCACGUUUCAACAACAGAUCCUGCGAGUGAAGGACAAGGACUACUUCCCGAUGGUGGUUGUGGGCAACAAGUGCGAUCUCGAGGGGGAGCGGGAGGUGACCAAGCAAGAGGGCGAGGCGCUAGCAAAAUCGUUUGGCUGCAAGUUCAUCGAGACGUCAGCCAAGUCACGGAUCAACGUCGACAAGGCCUUCUUCGAUAUUGUCCGCGAGAUUCGACGAUACAACCGGGAGAUGCAGGGCUACUCAACCGGCAGCGGGGCGUCUAACUCGAACGGGCCAGCAAAUAAGCUGGAGGUCAGCGACGCCGAUGCAGACCCAGGAUGCUGCGCCAAGUGUGUGAUUAUGUGA